AUGUCGCUACCACUUCGAAACCCGUUGGACUCGGUGUCCCUCGAGCGGGCGCUGGAGGACCUGAUUGUGCGGUUUAUCAUCAAUGUGCCCCCGGAGGACCUGGCGACGGUGGAGCGGGAGCUGUUCCACUUUGAGGAGGCGCAGUGGUUCUACACGGAUUUUGUGAAGCUCACGAACCCGCAUCUGCCCAACAUGAAGUUCAAGACGUUUGCGUCGUAUGUGAUCUCACUGUGCCCGCUUGUGUGGAAAUGGCAGGACGUGAACCCCGAGGAGGCGCUGCAGAAGUUUUCGAAGUACAAGAAGUCGAUCCCGGUGCGCGGCGCGGCGAUCUUCAACGAGACGCUGAACAAGAUUCUGCUGGUCAAGGGCACGGAGUCGGACUCGUGGUCCUUUCCGCGGGGCAAGAUCUCGAAGGACGAGGACGAUGUGGAUUGCUGCAUCCGGGAGGUGAUGGAGGAGAUCGGGUUCGACCUCACGAACUACGUUUUGGAGGAUCAGUACAUAGAGCGGAACAUCGGCGGCAAGAACUACAAGAUAUAUCUUGUCAAGGGCGUGCCACAGGACUUUGCGUUCAAGCCGCAGGUCCGGAACGAGAUCGAGAAAAUCGAAUGGCGCGACUUUUGGAAGCUGUCGCGCUCGAUCCACAAGUCCAACAACAAGUUCUAUCUGGUGAGCUCGAUGGUGAAGCCGCUGUCGCUGUGGGUGAAGAAGCAGAAACAGAUUCAGGGCGAGGAGCAGUUGAAGCAGUACGCGGAGGAGCAGUUGAAGCUGCUUCUUGGGAUUGGGACACAGGAGGAGGCUGCGGACCCGGGUCGCGAUCUGCUAAACAUGCUGCAGUCCUCCGUGGGGCAGAAGAAGCCGUUGGUGUUCUCGGACGACGAGUCCCAGGCGUCGAUUUCGACGUCUGCGCCGACAACCGUGCCUCCGGCGCCGUCCACGGCGAACAGUCAGUCUGUGCAGCCGAUUGCGGCAGGUGCGUAUGCUGGCUAUCCCUUCCCUUUCCCACAGUAUCCUAUUCCGGGUAUGCAAACGAUCAACCCUUUCCAAUUUGUUCAAAGUUCGCAUCAGGGCGUGUUUGCCACACACUCCACUUUUACUACCUCUCAUCAGUACCCGCAGGCGCAGGCACCUCAAACCCAGCAGCCGGUUCCAGGCGCUGUUGUGUAUCCCGUGCAAUCGCAGCUACAACAGGCCUACCAGCCCCCGCACACUCCGGUGGUCAAGCCCAGCGUUAUUGAAGAUAGGGCGCCCCAUUCUAAACAGUUGCUGGAGUUGUUGAAGAACCCACGCAAGCCUGAAGUGGAGGACGAAAGUACUGCGAAGACCCUACUGAAACUACUGAAGAAUCCCACAAAGGAGAAUAGAACAAGUGCGAACACAGUUCCUUCUUCGAAGGGUGCUGUUUCUGGGCCUUCUGGUGGACGGUCCAUUUCAGGGCAGUCAAUCGACACUGCCAAUCUUCCCUCGGGAAUGGCUUCAAGCAUGGGUGCAAAAAGCACUGCGAUACCAUUGUAUUCUCCUCGCUCUUCAUUGUCGGAGAUGACACUACCAGAUGAGCCGUUGGGCGGGUAUGAGGAGUUUGAAAGCAGUUCUGAAGAAGAACAGGGAGAAGAAUUGGCCUAUAUGAAUUUACAAGAACCUACCUCAAGUGUUAUGGAAAGCAACGCCAAAGUGGAAAAUAACACCUUGGACAAUAUAUCUCACGUCGACACCAGCGGCAACCUGUCAACACGCUCUUUGCAAAGCGAAAAAACAGAAAAGUCGAAGCCCACUGCAAAGCCGAAGAUUAAGCUUCUCAAGAGAGGUGAAACACUAACACCUCUGACCCCUAGCAUAUCGUCUCAAACUGCAACCAGCGAGUCCUCCGCUGCAGGACCUACAGUGCCUUCCGAGAAGGACGUGUCUUCUCGAAUACAAAACUCGCAAGGAAAUGAGUUGCUUGAUGUACUCAAGUCAAAAGCGCAACCAGAGCCUUCGGUAGCUUCCACCUCCCCUGCUAAAGAGCUACUAAACACUCUCAAUAAACCUCAGGGGUCUGUGUAUCAAAACCUUUUGUUUGGCGCCAAUCACCGUAAAUCGGACGAUGAAUCUUCCCCCAGGCACUCGCCAGUAUCACAACAAGCCAGAACCCAUGAGUUUUUGAAUCUUUUAAAGCGGCCUCAAGCCAAGGCCGAGAACGAAGAGCUACAAUCUGUAUUGUUAACACCUCCUGCUAAUAGUGGUAUGGUACAAAACUCCAGCACUCUACCUAAUAUCCCAUACGGGAAUUUGCAUCAAGAUCAGGCAGCAGCGUUAUUGUUUCCGCAACAGCCUCCUCAGUUUCAACAGCCUUAUGCUGCCACGAACACAAAUUCGAAAGAACUGUUGGCUAUAUUGCGGAAGCCCGCAUCCAACCAACAGAAGCAGCUGCAUGAACAAACACCGGCAAACCCAGUUGACCAACCCACAACGCUUGCUUCAGAACAGCAGAACUUGGUGAAACAGCAAAUAUCUAAUCCCUCACAAUCUUUGCAACAGGGAACUCCUUUGCAACAGCCUCAGCCUCAGCAUACUCAGUCACCGUCCAAUUUACAUGUAACAGGAAAUACUGCUGCUGCACAGGAGCUUCUAGGCAUGCUCAGGAAAUCACGCGUGGUUCCAUAA